CACUCGCAUUGGACCAAAGCGCGACCGCGCACGCGCUCUCCGGAACACUCGAACUUUCUAUCGACGCAUUCAGAAUUCAAAAACUACUUUUUAAAAACAAAAAUAAACUUUUUUUUUCGUCUGUGACAUUUUUCAAAAUUCGAUCUGGAUGUUUUUUUAUGGGACCUAUAAAAGUGAACGCAUACAAAUUUGGUGAAACGAAAGUGAAUAUUGGAUAGUGGCAUGCGAUAAAUUUAGUUUGGUUGCUCUCACGGUUUUAUUUCCGGUCUUUAAUUAUUGGAUGUAACAAUGGACGCCAGAAAUCAAACAUCGCGAACGCGCAGCCGCGCAUCUCACCAUGGGUCAAGAGCAGUCGUAUGCGGCUCACGCUAGCGCCGCCCAGGUGGCCCGCUACAAGGAGAAGUACUCCGACCCCCUCCAGUACCGGAGCUCCCCCAUCACCUUCCCCGCCGACUUCGACGACAAGGACUACAAGCGGCACAAGGCCAGGCGCAGUGCGGAGAGCUUCAAGAGCGACUCCUCCACCAAAAGCAGUGGCUACAGAAGCGGGUCGAGCGGCUACGAAUGCCGCUCCGAAAGAUCCUCCAAAAGCGACUACUAUUGCACCUCCUUAUACAAAAACAAUCACUACACAGACGUUAAUAAGGAACUAUAUAAACCGGUGAAAAUACCAAAGGAAAAACGCUACAAGCUCCAACUAUUUGAUGACAAAGAUGAACUAAAAACUCCGCGUUUGAAGAGUUACCAUAGUGAACCUGAAUCCACGAAGCCUAAGGUGGCUGCGCCAAAAAAGGCGGGAAUAAGGAAUUAUACUCCUAAAAUCCUGUCAGAGGACGAGCAGAGAAAGAAAGUGGAUAAUUGGAUAUAA